CUCUAAAAUGUUAUAUUCAAGAGAAAUUCUACAUGGAGGGAUAUUUUUCUAUUUCACUAAAACCAGUGGGUGGGAAGCUUGUAUUACUGCAAUGUGCAGACAAAGAAGAGCUGAAAGACUUAGUAACUAAUGUAGGAGAUUGGUUAGGACAAUGGUUCGAUGAAGUAAGACCAUGGUCACCGUCAAUGGUUGCUAUGGAGAGGUUUACAUGGAUAAAAUGCCAGGGAGUUCCUCUACAUGCAUGGGGACCCAAAUUCUUCCAUGAUCUAAGCAUGAUUUGGGGAAAAUUUAUCUCCUUGGAUGAUAGCACCAGCAACAAAAAAAGAUUUGAUGUUGGUAGAGUCCUGAUUUCUACACCCUGCAUGGAGAUGAUAUCAAAAAAGCUCACCGUGAAGAUAAAUGGAGAAUUCUACAAUAUACAGUGCACGGAGGAAGAACACUCCAACAAUCUGUUUACUUUGAGGUCUGAUUUUGGGAUUAAAAAAAAGUCCUGUAGUGAUCAUGAUAGUGAAUCUUGGUCACUUGGGUCGGUAGAAGUAGCAGGCUCCAUGAAUGGGGUGCUUGAAAGAUCUGAAAAUCCCUCUGAUACUGGAGAUGAAGAAGACAAGGAUGUGGCGCCUUGGUGUGAACGGGAUGAGGAAGACUCAAAGGAAAGGCAGUGCCAAGAUAUGUGGUCAACUCAAGCAUUAAAUGAGGCAUCAGAAAAUUACACUCCCAAGGAGAGAAAUUCAAAAUCUAGCCAGGAAAUGAUGGGGGAAACGUCACAUGGGGGUGGAAGAAUGGGGCUAACGGCUGCAAAUUUUGAAAUAAGUAAUGAUGCAAGUGGGAUUAAUGAAGUGGAACCAAUUGAAGAAAAUUGUAGUUGGGUUGAAGAAACAAUAGUUGAAAAAAGAGGUUCUCUGUUGGAAAUGAACCAAAAAAGCAACAAGAAGGUGGAUGGAGGGGCAGUUGGGCCAGAAGCAAAUGGGCCAAAAAAGAAGUCCCAUGCAAACUCUAAACAGACCCAAGAUUCAAUGCAGGCCAUUAUACACCUCAAAGGAAUAGAGGAACAACCCAAUAAUGUGAGAAGCAAUGGGCCAGAACAGAUAAAGAAAAAAACAAAUGGGUGCAGCUCAAGUGCGACUGAAAGCUGGAGGUCUUUUUUCCAGGAGAUGGACAACGAUACUAGGAUGGUGAGACAGUGGAUGAAGGGGAAGGUAGAAUCAAAAACUCGGAAGAAGAGUAGAAGGACAAAGGCAUUGGCCGGUGAGUCCAUAAACGACAGCAAUAUCAACAAUUGUAACAGGGCCAUCUUAAAAAGCAAGGAGGAAUUUGGAGCAAAGGAAAUUUGGGAACUUGCAAAAGAAAUUGGUGUAGAGACACAGGGGAAUGAGGAACUUAUCCUACAGAAAUUGGAGCAGCUAGAGGAAAGAGACAGGAAUCAACAGAAACCCAACAAUCAAACACGCACUCUUAGAGGGGAAGGAUACUUGGGUGUCUAUGGCUUUUGGGGCACUGAAAAGGUUCCUAUUUACAUUAUAAAUGUCUAUUCACCAUGUGACAGCAAAGGAAAGAAUGAAUUAUGGAGCAAACUGGGCAACAUUGUUAACUACAAAGACACAACUGUGUGCGUGGAAGGGGAUUUUAAUGUCACUAUCUCACAGGAAGAAAGAAGAGGGUGUCAGGGCAUACAAAAGGAGAUGGAGGGUUUUGAGGCAUUCAUAGCAGAAACAGGGUUGAUCGACUUACCAAUGAUUGGGAGAAGGUUUACCUGGUAUCAACCAAAUGGGAGAGCCAUGAGUCGCCUAGACAGAUUCUUAAUAAAUGAGGAGUGGCUUGUAACAUGGGAAGGCUUGAAACAGUGGGGUUUGAUGAGAAGCAUCUCAGAUCACUGUCCAGUGCUAUUGAAAAAUGAGGUGAAGAAUUGGGGGCCAAAGCCAUUUCGCUUCUUUGAUGAUUGGCUUAGGCAUUCGGAAUUCAAAGACAAAGUGGCAGAGGUGUGGAGAACAAAGGAGCUCCAAGGAACAGGUGGCUUUAUUCUCAAAGAGAAACUAAAAGCAACUAAAGUAUAUUUGAAGAAAUGGAGCAAAGAAUACAAUAGUGAGCUGAACAAAACAAUAGAACAAUGCAAGGAAGUGAUACUCCAAAUAGAUGUGAAAGGUGAAGCUCAAACAUUGACUGAAGAGGAGCUGGAAUUAAAAAAGAAGAAUGAAGUCAAUCUGUGGCAAAAAAUGCAAAUCAAAGAUUGUAUGGUGAGACAAAAAGCAAGAACUCAAUGGCUCAAACUCGGAGAUGCAAACUCAAAGUUUUUUCAUCAAUGCAUCAAAGGCAGAUGGCGUAGAAAUGAAAUUAACUACCUGGAGGUGGGAGGCACGAAACUAAUGGAGAUCACAGAUCUAAAGGAAGGUGUCAUGAAGUACUUCCAGGAACUAUUCACAGAAGAUGAUUGGGAAAGACCAAUAUUGGAGGGAAUUGAAUUCAAGAAGGUCACACUUGAGCAAAACAUAAUGCUGACUGCACAAUUCACAGAAGAAGAGAUAAAGGAAUCUGUGUGGGACUGUGACAGUUCAAAGGCCCCAGGACCAGAUGGAUUCAAUUUCGGGUUUCUCAAAGCAAUGUGGGAGAUAGUGAAGGAUGAUGUUGUAAAAUUCAUUGAAGACUUUCAUACAAGUGGAACAUUAGUAAGAGGCUCAAAUGCAUCUUUCAUUGUUCUAAUUCCGAAAAAGGAGAACCCACUUAUGGACAAUGUAGUUGUGGCCAAUGAAACCAUCGACGAGAUUAAGAAGAAGAAGAAAAAGAGCCUCAUCUUCAAAAUUGACUUCGAGAAAGCCUACGACAAGAUUUCUUGGAAUUUCAUAGAUUAUAUGCUGAUGCGUAUGGGCUUUGACAAUGUUUGGAGGAAGUGGAUUAUGGAGUGUCUUCGCUCAAGCACAAUCUCAGUUUUAUUGAAUGGCAGUGCAACAAAGGAAUUCAGUGUGAGCAAGGGUCUGCGACAAGGUGACCCUCUCUCCCCCUUCUUGUUCCUUAUAGCCGUUGAGGGCCUUUCAAAACUAUUAGCAUCCGCUGAAAAAAAAGAUUUGUUCAAUGGAAUUACGGUAGGCUCGAAGGGGCUGAAAAUUUCUCAUCUCCAAUUUGCGGAUGACACUAUCAUUUUUGGAGAGGCCUUGGAAAGAAAUGUCAAGGCAAUUAAAAGUAUAUUGAGGAUCUUUGAAAUGGUUUCGGGACUCAAAAUCAACUACAACAAAAGCAAGUUGUAUGGAAUGAAUACAGAAGAGGAAGUCUCUCAACAUUGGGCCAUAUUCUUGAAUUACAAAAUGGGUAAACUACCCAUGACCUACCUGGGCAUGCCAAUUGGAGCAAGUUUGAGAAGCAAGGACACAUGGGCAAAACUGAUAAGCAAAAUAGGAAGGAAGUUGGCUGGCUGGAAAAACAGGUUCUUAUCCUUGGGGGGGCGUAUUGUCAUUAUAAACUCUGUGUUGACUAGUCUUCCUAUCUUCCUUAUGUCUACUUAUCUCUUACCUGCUGGAGUGAUAAAAAAGAUUGAUGCAAUUAGAAGGAAAUUUUUAUGGGGUGGGUGUGAGGAGAGAAACAAGAUUGCAUGGGUAAGGUGGGAUAAAGUUUGUAAGGAUAGGAAACAAGGGGGGAUGGGUAUUAAAGACCUUAGGAUGUUUAAUUUAGCGUUGAUGGGGAAAUGGUGGGUGAGAUUAGUUAAUGAGCAAGGAGGCUUAUGGAGAAGAGUGCUCUUAGAUAAAUAUGGAGGGGAAGGAGGAAGCUGGGGAGAAUGGAUAACAGAGGGGCAGAACAGGGGAUCUAGAUGGUGGAAAGAUGUUUGCAAAAUUAAUGAGUUGAUUGAGGGGAAACGGGGUUGGGUGAAGUCGGGCUUUAAGUUGGUUAUAGGAGAUGGUGCUAAGGUCUCCUUUUGGAGACAAGUGUGGGUGGGAUCUCAUAGCUUAGAAGUAAUGUUCCUUCGAUUAUCUUAUCUUUCCACAGAUAGACAAAGCACAGUGCAGCAAAUGAGAGAAUGGAUAGGUGGUUCAUGGAGAUGGAGAUUAAAAUGGAGGAAAAGAUUAUCAACAAGGGAACAGGACCAAGAAACACAACUUCGGAGCACCAUACAAAAUGUGCAAAUUCGAAAAGACGCUGAUGAUAGAUGGUGGUGGAGAUAUGAAAAAGAUGGUGAAUACAUAGUAAAAUCAGCAUACAAGAUGCUAACAACAACAGAAGAAGGGGAUGAAAUCAAAUGUCUUAAGAGAUGCUGGAACUCGACAAUCCCAUUGAAAAUCUGUGCUUUUAGUUGGCUGUCAAUGCUUGGAUGUACACCUUGCAAGGUAAACCUCCUGAAGAGAAAUAUCAUUAGACAAGAAGCAGAUGCUAAGUGCAGUUUCUGUGCAGAAAUAACAAAAAAUGAGGACCACCUACUACUGUGAUGUGAUUUUUCAGGAAAAAUUUCGAACAAAAAUCUCGCAUGGUGAGAAAUCAAGUAUGUCAUGGCCA